AUGAACAACAGGAUGGACGACCUCUCCAACGAUAAUGAAAUCACUUACUGUCGAGGAGCUCUUCUCCUUCAAAGUUCCAAAGCAGACGCAGACAGCAUUUUGAUCCCGAGGCCGAAUGGCGGCUUCACAUGUAGACACUGCUACCUGACCAUCAACAACUCUGAGACCAGUGAAACCACAAUCUCAAGCAAAGACUGGUCACUCAUCGUGAGCUGUCACGUGCAAGCUUGUGCAUCGUUUCGAGAUCGAAGGGCAGCGUUCUGCUGCUAUGGUUGCUUUAAGCAUGGAAACAUCUCCACCGAGAUUUCAGCAGUGAAAAUGAAGGAUCAUCUGCGAACUUGCGAAUUGAUCAAAGCACUGAACGACACACAUAUGAGAGGUCAAAGAAGGGAAACCAGGCAGUCUUCGGAUCUAAAGUUUUCAAAAACAUCAAAGGCGGAACCAUGGAAAUCGCCAGCCCGCGAUCUGAAGCCAAUGGGGGCUCCAACUCCAGGGAUGAACGCUUCACAGAGCUCGAAUAUCUCACCUUCUGAAUCACGGAAUCCGUUCAGGCCAACUCAACCUGUUCUUCCGAUCGAUCCCAGAGCACCUGCCACCCCUGCUCAGCAAAUGCAACCAAGCACAACUUCAACAUGGACCCCAUCCUCACCUCUGACGUCAAGACUCAAGGCAGAAGCUCCGAGCCAAGGGGAGAAAAUUUCUUCCGCUUCGAACGUCCAACGGACCAAGGACAGUACUUUAACAAACAAGGCCGGGCCGAACACCCCAGAUGUGUUUAUCAUACCGGGCGGUUUCGAUGCUUACGACUCUCCGACGUCAAGACAAGAGUUCAAGCGACCGCCGUUCCCGGAAAUCUCUCCGACAAUCCCACGAGCUUCAUUUCCUGAUGAAACCCAUGCCGAGGCGAUUCGAAGGAAAGCUGUAAACAUGGAGCUACCAGUACAGGCUCCAUCAGUACCGCCAUCAUCAUUUCCGGGUGCACCGCCUCCUGACUCCAGCCCGGGCCAGCCGAUGCCACGCCCGGUCCAAAAUCCGAUUAUUGACCCAAGACGUGCUGCUGAAGCAGCUGAUAUUAGGAAACUCGAAUUGCUGGGAAUCCCGGCACACAAGGCCAAACAUCUCCUCCAACAAGCCAACGGCGACGUGAAUAAGGCCGCUGAUCUUUCAUUCUCCGGCCACGACACACUCAGUAGUGGGACACAGAUGGGCUCGCAGUCUAUGAACCCAGUAGCGUCCCCGAUGCCUGCUGGUUCUGGACCCGGACAGUCGACAGAGAGACGGAGUCGACGCUCGAAAUAG